AUAGCCUACCGCAGUUUGUCAAAAAGCCCAUGCAUAGUUUCAGAAACUAUUGUACCCAUGAAACAUUUAGACCUAGAAAAAAAAAAAAAAACGGGGGAUGUGAAAUGUACCACAAGUCAUAUAGGCUACUUGUGUUUGGUUCAUUUGGUGUCAAGCGGUCUAGUCACUCUCUUAUUCUUUUGACGACACUUCCAACCUGCAGGCAGAAAGAAAGCAAAAACCCAAUUCAUGAUGACAUGAUAUCAUAUCCGGAGCUGCGACAUCGAAUCGCCAAAUGAGAAUUCGGAACGAACUUCCCCAACGUUCUAUUUGGAGCACGCGCCGGCUGACGUAGGUGAGCAGCGCGCGCGUCCCGCUCCCUUGAGGAAAAAAAGAGCGUGAACGCGCCUCUAUCCUCCUCGCUGCUACAGUGAAUGCGGGCAUCCAGACGCCUGACUGAGUGCGGCUGUUCUUUACCGAGAGCUCGGAUGCCAAUGCAUGGAAAGGGUUCUGUCGAAGCCGAAAGGUAGAGAAGGCAAAUAUAUCUUCACACGAACGUUCAGUGUAAGUGAUGCUACUGCAAGUUGAAGUCCUGGAAGUAAAACCGCAGCAGAUUGGGAAUAAACGGAUAGAUCGGCGUUCCCCGUUGCAGAGCGCACUCAGUGCGUUUGGAAUACAGAGACGCAGCGUGGAAUUACUGGAGCCCUCAGUUUGUGAACUAAAGUCCAUUCGUUUUCUACCGCAUUUUAUUUUUUUAUCGUAUUUUUCUUGUUUCCCUUCUUUAUUUUCGCUACUUUUUUCUUUGAUUCGGUUCGUCCUUUCUCCCAUUCUGUUCUAAUGUCAUUUAGUAGCCUAUCAGCCCUUUUCAGUUAUUUUAUUUCCUCAUCCUCCGAAGAUACUCGGAUUCGUUUUUGGGAGGGUAGAUUGUGGUAAAAAGAUACUCAAUCUCAAACUGAGUCGUGUCAUGGAUGGCAAAUUGUAUUUGCAUCUACGGAACAAAUCGGGGAAUAUAGAAUAACUACUGCUGACAGAGACAAGGACAAAUGACAUAGGAUGAACACUGCUGGUCAUCUCUGUCUGUCUGUGCUGUCAUCCCUUUUUGCACUGUCCUGGGCCGUGGAGCCGCUGGGUCAGGCCGCCCCCUGCUCCUCUCUGGUGACUGGGGUCUUAUACGGCUCCUUCUCGCUCAGGGACCUCUUUCCCAGGCCGUCAGCUCUGACAUCUGGAUGCUCCUGGACUGUGGAGAACCCUGACCCCACCAAGUACUCGCUCUAUUUCCGCUUCAAUCGCCAUGCCGGCGUGUGUUUAGCUUUUUCCCCGCUGGUGCUGCCUCUGGACCACUACCUCUCAAACCAGACCUGUGGCCCCCCAGACCAGCCCACCUUCCCCUCGGACCCUGAAGCUGUCGAGCUUUGCAUGGUCCCAGGACCCCACACCUUCCUGCAGUUCGAUAAGAACUUUGUGCAGUUGUGCCUGACCACUCAUCCCAACAAAGACGGCGACAACAGAGAUGGGACGUCCGAGGGCCAAGCCCCCUUGUCGGCGGAAACUCUGGACUUCCGGCUCGUAGAGGUUCUGCUCAUUAAUAAUGAGAAUUCGAGUCAGUUUACGUGUGGAGUCCUGUGCCGAUGGUUUGAGGAGUGCUUGCAUGUCGGCUCAGGCUGGGAAACCGAGAGCUGCAGUAUCACCCAGACAGGAUGUGUUUGUCCCAACACGGCCCCUCCGGUCUCCUUGCUGCCCACUGCGCCCCAUAACCACUCUUUAGACCCCAGCGUGAGUGUGUUGCAGUCCCCACCCGACGACUGUUGUGUGACACAGCUGCAUUCAAAGAAUGGCAUCGCUAUAGCACCCAGAGAUGUCCGGCAAGAACCUGAUGAUGAUGAGCAGAAGGUGAAGACACAAAGGCCACGAUCAGCUGACCAGCCGGGUGUGUUUCAGGCCCAGACAGGUGACCCAGCAGCGGAGGAGUGGUCUCAGUGGAGUGUGUGUUCACUGACGUGUGGGCAGGGUUGGCAGGUUCGUUCUCGCUCAUGUGUGUCCUCUCCGUACGGGACCCUCUGCAGCGGCCCGCUGAGGGAAACCCGACUCUGCAACAACACUGCCACCUGCCCAGGUGAGCCGCAGCAUCAAGCAGUGGAGGGCCAGUGGUUGGACUGGGCGGCCUGGUCUCAGUGCUCUGUUUCCUGUGGCUCUGGAACUCAGCAGAGGCAGCGGCGUUGCAGCGUUUCAGUUCAUGGCUGGGCGGAGUGCAAGGGGCCACAUGCAGAAACUCGUGAGUGCACCAAUCCGUCCUGUGGGGGUGGAGGCAACUGGGGUGCUUGGAAUCACUGGAGCUUGUGCUCCAAGACCUGUGACUCAGGUUGGCAGCGGCGGUUCCGUAUGUGUGAAGGCACAGGAAUCCAGGGUUACCCUUGCGAUGGCUCUGGAGAGGAAGUGCGCUCAUGCAAUGACAAGAAGUGCCCAGCACCACAUGAAAUAUGUAAAGAUGAGUACCAAUUAGCCAUGGCGUGGAAGAGAGCCUCAGCCGGAGAGACGGUAUACAACAAGUGUCCAUCUAAUGCCACUGGAUCUGCUAGUCGUCGUUGUUUGCUGGACGCUAAUGGAGUUGCUUACUGGGGUCCUCCGAGCUUCGCCCGAUGUGUCUCACUUGAAUAUAGAUAUUUACAUUUAUCUUUGCGAGAACAUCUUGCGAAGGGUCAGAGGACCCUGGCAGGGGAGGGCAUGUCUCAGAUCGUGAGGAGUCUCCUGGAGUUAAUGUCCCGUAAGAAUUAUUAUAGCGGCGACCUCUUAUUCUCCGUGGAGAUUCUCCGAAAUGUGACGGACACCUUCAAGCGAGCAACCUACAUCCCAGCUCCUGACGACGUGCAGAAAUUCUUCCAGAUUGUCAGCUUAAUGUUGGACAUUGAAAACCUUGAGAAGUGGGAAGACGCUCAUCAGGUCUCUCCGGGUUCUAUGUUACUGAUGCGAGUUGUGGAAGAUUUCAUUCAUCUAAUUGGAGAGGCUCAAAAGCCGUUCCAGAGCUUUCUGGUUGUCACCAACAACCUCAUAAUCACCAUCCAGCGAGAACCAGUUUCGGCUGUUUCCAGUGACAUCAAUUUCCCCAUGAAGGGGAGGAGAGGGAUGAAAGACUGGGCACGUUCUGCAGAUGACAAACUCUUCAUCCCCAAAGAAGUCUUCACCCUGUCUUCUGAUGAAUCAGACGACACACCGUAUUUUGUCAUCGGAGCGAUCCUGUACCGCACCCUCGGCCUCAUAAUGCCCCCACCAAAAGAUCCAUUCGUGAUCAGCUCGAAGAUUCUGACUGUGACGGUGCGUCCCUUACCCAAGCCCACCGAGCCCUUGGUAUCAGUGGAACUCGCCCCUUUGCUCAAUGGCACAACGGAUCCUCAGUGUGUUGUCUGGGACUACGGAAACCCAGAGGCUGGCGAAGAAAACUGGGACGCAGAGAGCUGCCAAACGCUCCCAUCGCCGGCAGUCUCCCACACCAAAUGUCUGUGCAGCAAGCUGUCCACCUUUGCAGUGUUAGCGCAGAAAGCUAAAGAACCGGGUAUGGGGCCCUCCAGUAUGCCGUCUGUGCCCCUCAUGGUGGGAUGUGGCAUAUCCUGUACGGCUCUACUCAUUCUGCUGCUCAUCUACGCUGCCUUUUGGAGGUACAUACGUUCAGAGAGGUCCAUCAUCUUGGUGAACUUUUGUCUGUCCAUACUGGCCUCCAAUGUGCUGAUACUGGUGGGACAGUCCCAAACUCUCAGUAAGGGACUGUGCACUGUUACUGCUGCCUUUUUGCACUUCUUCUUUCUGGCCUCUUUCUGCUGGGUGCUGACAGAGGCAUGGCAGUCCUACCUGGCUGUGAUUGGCAAGAUGAGGUCCCGCCUCAUUCGCAAGCGUUUCCUGUGCCUGGGCUGGGGUCUUCCAGCCCUUGUGGUCGCUGUAUCUGUGGGUUUUACCCGGGCCAGAGGUUACGGCACGCCAAGUUAUUGUUGGUUGUCUCUGGAAGGAGGGCUGCUGUAUGCAUUUGUCGGCCCCGCUGCUGUCAUUGUACUGGUGAACAUGCUGAUUGGGAUAGUGGUCUUCAACAAGCUCAUGUCUAGAGAUGGUAUCUCAGACAAAUCCAAGAAGCAGAGAGCAGGUCCGCCGUUGGAAGCGCGUAACAGGCUGCUCCUGAAAUGCUCCAAGUGCGGCGUGAUCUCCAGUACCGCCCUGUCCAGCUCUACCGCCAGCAGUGCCAUGGCGUCGUUAUGGAGCUCUUGUGUGGUUCUCCCUCUGUUGGCACUCACAUGGAUGUCAGCUGUGCUGGCCAUCACAGACCGCCGAUCAACCCUCUUCCAGGUGCUCUUUGCCGUCUUUGACUCAGUCCAGGGAUUCGUCAUCAUCACAGUGCACUGUGCCAUGCGCCGAGAGGUACAGGAUGCAGUGCGCUGCAGGAUGGGUGGGUGCAAAGACGACAGUGAAAACUCUCCAGACUCCUGCAAGAACGGCCAGGUGCAGAUCAUGACGGACUUUGAAAAAGAUGUGGACUUAGCGUGUCAAACAGAAAGAGGACAUCCAUUCAUUUUUAAGGAGGUAAACACCUGUAACCCUGCUACCAUAACUGGCACUCUAUCCCGCAUCUCCCUGGACGAUGAGGAUGACCCAAAGUUGUCAGCUCACCAGGAAGGCGUUAAUUUCAGCAGCCUGCCUGGGAACAUCCCACCUCCUAAUCUCCUGGUGCAGGUACCUCCUUUGGGUCCGUUGAAUGAGCUAAGCGAGCAGCCACUAAAGAAGGAGGUUAAUGUGGAGCAGCAAGGUCAGCAUCAACGAUCUGGACCCAUCUACUUGUGCACAGAGAGCGGGCUGGGUUGGCCCCGACCAAACCCUUCUUCCACCCAGGAUUCAGCUGGUGGUGUUGGUGGGGAAGGGGACUACAUGGUGUUGCCACGUCGGACAGUCAGUCUCAAGCCCCCUCCUCCAACCCAGGAUGAGGGGAAGCCCCUGAACAUUACAGUAGAUGACCCUCCCUUUCCUCCACCCCCUUCACCCCUGACUCUGCAUCCAGCAGAGAGUGAAGCAUACCCUGCAGACUUUGCAGCUGUGGACCACAUCAGCAUGAACCUAAACCGCUCCUAUGGCACACUCAAACAGUUGCCAGCCCACACCGGGCACACGCAUUCCCACACCAACACCCACACCAUGCAGGUCAAGCAGAAUCGUCCCUCUGUCCGGCAGAUCCUCACCUCGGGGACAGUGGAGCGCACCAGAACCCUUCCCCGCAACCUGGGCAGCACCAACACCAGCCUCUCGGCUGGAUCUUUGGAAAGGAAAAGAGUACGGUACUCUGAGCUGGACUUUGAGAAAGUGAUGCACACUCGUAAAAGACACUCAGAGCUCUACCAUGAACUCAACCACUCCACCAAGUUCCACACCAUAGACAGGUAUAACAGGGACCCUGCCAUGUCCUCCUUUAAGGUUCCUCCUCCACCUCCACCACGACAAUCUGAGCCUUUAACACGGAGAAUGAGCUUCGUUUACAAAGAGAGCCAACGUAAGCAUGUCAGCCAGACCCAGUAUUCCCAGCCCCUGAUUUAUGAAGGCGCUCAUUGGUGCAGUGUAAACCCUCACUUUGUGGAGUCUAGGAGGUGUAGAGGACUAAAUGUUAGGUGUUUGUUUUUUUGUUUUUUUCACAUUAGAUUGUGUUAACUCAGCGUGGAAUAUUCCCUGCAAUGUUGUGGUGUACUGUUGUAAAUCAAACAGCUUUGCGUUGACAUCGUGCUUGUAAUAGUACCAGUGCUGUUUUAAACCCUUUAAACUUUUAUUUUAAACCAACCCAUACAUAUAAACCCUUAUAAACCACAAAAACUUUCAGUUAAAUUUAUCAAAAUGUGUUUUAAAAGAUCAUAAACGCAUAAAACUUAAUUUGGCCACAAAUCUGCAUUAAAGUGCAAAUAACCCUAUUGUACACGGUAAGUAAACACAUACUUCUCCAGCGGCAAUGUGAUGCUGAUGAUAUUAGAAGUGCGUCUGGUGUGUGUGUGUGGGGGCCGUUAAAGAGAUGAGUGCACAUUCGGGAAAAAUCUAAGCCAUUUUUCUCUACUGUCUUAUUCUAGAAUUUUCUUUUAUCCCAUUGGAUCAUUCUAACAGCUUGUGAGGAAAGUGAGCUUAGUGGGGUCUCUAACACAUCCAAAUGGCCCCUUCCAGACACUGUCCAUUUCUUCUAAUCGUCUUUCUCUCUCUAUUUCCCUCCUACAUACGCUGACUUCAAUCUCUCGUUUGUACCACGGGUUCUCUUCAUCUUCUUUUUCUAUAGGGACAGUGGUGGCGCCUUAGUCACUUGCAGUCCGUUAAAUUGCUUGUGUUAGUGCGAAUGGAGCUUGAUGCAGUUUGAAAGGAAGUUAACCUCUAAGUGAAGAUGCUGGCUGGGCUGAUAGCUGUAGCGGAGGCACCCCAUAUGGUCCCAAAUGGAUGAAGGACUGCUAGCCUGUGUUCAAUCUAUUCAUGCUAAUGGGGAUCCUACAAAUGAACACAGCGGGAAACUUGAGAGCAGAGGAAGGCAACAGUCUGGCUCUUGAAAUAUGUAUAAGUUGAAAACUUCUGCUCUUACACCCACUGACUUUUUUACGAAAGCGUAAACAUCAUGAAUAUAUGCACCAAGUAAGCAAUAAUGUAAUACUUGAACAAUCCCUCAACCUAAAGUAUUAAACUAAGGCACAUAACCCACAUAAUGCAUGCAAUGGACAUGACUGAUGCUUUAAAUAAUUUACUAAACGUCUAUGAAUUUUUCUUCUUUUAAAUGGUGAUACAGUUUGGGGGCAAAAACACUGAACUUUGGAAGGAGGAGGAUUA